UGAAGACGCGUAGGUUGUGGAACAUUUAAAUAGAUGUAGCCCGAGCCGCGAGCUAGUCGUGGACUGGAUACUUCUGUUCAUAAUGUAAAUGAUCCCCGUGUCCUCCACGCGUGUUGAAAUUUGUUCACGCAGCGCGCAGUUUCCAUUUUUCCCACACAACUUUAAUCUGCUUGGACCCGUCCAUCGGCCGGAUACAUAUUUGUACAGAUGACCUAAACAUCCAUCUCUGAAAUUAUGGAGAAAAGACAAGCUGAUUCACGGACCACUGUGGUGGAGGACCAAAACACAUGGCAUGAGCUAGCUAUAAUGGACCCAGUGGACAAACCACACCUGGUUCACAAGGACUCAGAAGACCAGGAGGCUCUGGUGUUGAAUGGGUCUAAACAUCCUAAACAUCGCCCUCUGCUUGUCUCCUUCGCCCUGGAGGAGUUUGAGUUUCCCUCCAGCGUCUGUUUAGAAGAGAUGCCCCUCUUCCCCCAGUGGCACCUACCCCUCAAACUGAUGGCCAUCUUGAUGGCGCUGACCUUCCUGUACACCUUUAUGAGGGAUGUGCUGCAACCCUUUGUGUCUCAGAGCAGGAGUGACUUCUAUAAGAUCCCUAUACUGGUGAUGAAUAAGACCCUGCCAUGGACGGCCAUAUCUCUGCUUGCUCUGGUCUAUCUGCCUGGGCUACUGGCUGCCCUGCUACAGCUGCACAGAGGUACCAAGUACAGCAGUUUCCCAGGCUGGUUGGAGAGGUGGAUGUCUAUGAGGAAACAGCUGGGCCUGCUAGCCUUCUUCCUAGCAGCACUCCAUGCUAUCUACAGCCUCUGUUACCCUAUGAGACGCUCCUACAGAUACAAGCUGCUCAACUGGGCUUACCAACAGGUCCAGCAGAACCAGGAGGACUCAUGGGUGGCAGAUGACGUGUGGCGUAUGGAGAUCUAUGUCUCCCUGGGUAUCAUGGGUCUGGGUCUGCUGGCUUUAUUAGCUAUCUCCUCUCUUCCCUCCAUUUCUGAUGCCCUCAACUGGAGAGAGUUCACCUGGGUGCAGAGGAGUCUGGGAUAUGCGGCCCUGGUCCUGUGUAUGGCCCAUGCUCUGGUCUACGGGUGGAGGAAGUGGGUGGAGCCUAAGCACUACGUGUGGUACACCCCUCCAUCCUUCAUCCUGGCCUCGCUCCUCCCAGCCACCGUCCUAUUGGUCAAGGCCGUGCUGCUGCUGCCUUGCCUGGACCGGAGGCUGGGGCAGAUUCGUCGAGGAUGGGAGAGCCCCCGCCCCCCAAGGGGAAGGGGAGUGACUGAAAAAUGACACAGCAGUGACGAUUGAUAAAUUGUUUCAAUUAUGGGAUAAGACCGGAAGCUUGGUCUCUGGAACUCAAGGAGAAUCGGUGCUGGUUGAUGGACAACAUAAAGUGGCCACUGCACAGUUCCACUCUUCUGCAUAUUAUACAGAUAUCUGUUUCACUUCCUGAUUAUAGAGGUGACAGACUCUGUAGUCUAUACACAGUGUGUUUACUGAAUUGAUGUCCUGAGAGCGUAGCCUGGUUAAGCAGACUGACUUCUGCGCUCAUGUUUUGUUUCACUGAGAUAUUGCAGGAUCAGACAAGGCUACUGAGAAAGCUCAGCUCAGUUGAAGGUUAAAGAAAAACGAAGGACCAUCUUGUGGCAUGUUUGCACCCAGUCAGGGAAACAUGGAGAAACCAAAGCCUGCUCCUCUUAGACAAAAGUUCUAUAAGUAAGUAGUUAGUGCAUAGUAAUGUUAUUUAAUGUCAAACUGUAGACAAUGUAAAAUGUAGUGCACUGUAUAAGGAAUAGGGUGCCAUUUGGGAAGCAACCAAUGAGAGCAUCAUCAUCAUCAUUCA